AUGGAAGAAACAGACAAAUCAUCUUCAGCAUCAUCCCGCUCAAUUCCCGCAUAUCAUCGAGGAAAUGGUGCAUUACGUGGUGGUGGUAUACAGAAAGUAUACCGUUCUGGACCGACAUUCAAAGCAUAUAAACGGAAACUGGAUCAUCGAUUGGGAUACUGUAUUAUCGGUUGCUUGAUCACAAUCGCCCUUGCAUUGACCAUUUUUGGUUUAUUUCACGAAAUGGCACAUGAGGAAUUAACGCAAUAUAUAGAAUCAACACGUGAAUUGAUCGUGAAUUCCAUACCUUCAACAAUGUCACAAAGUAUUAUCACUUCUGAUUCCGAUUUAUCAGAAAUCACUUCAACCAGCGAUGAGGAAAUGCUACUUAAUGAUGAUGAUGAUGAUGAUGAUGAUGAUGAUGAUGAUGAUGAUGAUGAUUGGUUAGAUGAAAAUAUAUUUGAUAAUUUAACUGUAUUGCCGUUAGAAAUGAUACUGGGCAUGCCGAAUUCAGGGGAACACAAUGAUAUGCUACAGAAUGAUAAUGCACCGGAUGAGAAGAUACUAAGCAUUCCGUAUCAUGAACCGGAUACUUGCUUUGGAUCCGAAGAUGUUGAUAAGAAUAAAUGUCUAGUAGUUGCCGAACUUGAUGAAUAUCACAACAUAUUACUCAGAUCACAUAUAGCUUUGUGGAAUUUGGUUACUGUAAAUAUUAUUGUUGUAAUAUUCCUUUCACCAUUUACAUACAUGUUUAAUUUCGAAAUUGUCAAAAAUGAGUACUACAAAUUAUUUUAUCGUGUUGUUCUAUUCUUGGUACUUUUCUUUAUGGCUGCACAGUUAAUUGUGCUAAUUAAUCCAUUGCUGUGCAGUUCAUUCAUGUAUCCUACUAUCGUGGACAAACUUUUCAUUGAAAAACUUCCACGAGAGAAGGAACUAACUAAUCAAGUGGAGUAUCGAUUUGCUUGUCAAUUUGAUUAUAUCAUCCAGCUGGUAGAACUUAAUUUACAGAAACCGUGCAUUCCUCGGAUUAAAAAUGUCUUAUUAUUGCCAUAUGCAGUGAUACUGUUAAUCAUUGUUGAUUUGUUACCAUUUCUAUUCAUAUUUUUCACCUAUGCUUGGGAUAAAUGGCUUAAAGAUUCGUCACUUUGCAGUAUCGCCAGGAGUCGUAUCGAAUUAAAUAAUCAACGGAGGCCGCAAUCACGCGAGGAUAUUUUGAAGAAAACAAUGGAAGAACCAUAUUAUUUGUAA